AUGCCGCUGCCGUGUUCCAGCACAGGCGUUUCGCAAUGUGCAUCUAACGGUUCCGUGAGGGUACACGGCCCCGUUUUUGACGACGAUGCCGAAAACCGUCACAGGCAAAGGGGCUCCACAACGGUGCUUUCCCUUUGAGCCUACGGCUACGAAGUACGUAUACCGCACCUGCCCUUCGCUGCAAUCAAAACAUCGACGUCAUUUCUUCAGGACCCAUUCGAGAUGCAAUAGGGUUCAUCCUGCCACCACCGCCUUUACCCCAGACAAUGCAACCACAAACCCUCUGCGCAACGUGCACGCCGUGACAACCCUCGCUAACCUCGGAUCUGGGCAAAUGCCCCCCCCAAAAAAAGAAUUCAGAUUCCGGGUCGCACUGGGACAUGCUCCAACCUUUUUGUGGCCACCUGACACAUUGUUGCAUGGACUGAUCGACGAGUCAAAAGUCGCAGGCACGCACGCACGCGACAGCAGACAACAAUGCAGGUCUAUUCCACGACCGCUCGACCGACGAUACUGGCACUGUCUUGAGAAAGACCCUGAAAAACGAACAACUUCCAGGUUUAGGCCACUGUCCUGCCCUCCACUUAGUGAACACUGCAGGUCCACAUAGGUCCCGAGAACCAAAGCUGCCACGCUGCGUCCAUGGCUCACGACACGAAGGGCCUCGUUUUCCGCUGAUCCAUCUUCAUGCUUGGAAGUCUGCAUUGGAAGAGCGGGGAUGAUUCCUUUCUUUCACGGUUACCCAACCCCCCCAGUCCACUCCCCCGCGCCUGGGUCUCUCACGAGUCGCGCCCGAUCAAGACCCCAAGACCCCAAGACCCCGAGACCCUUUACAUGGCGGAGGAGGGGAAGCAACUUGAAUCGUUGACUAAGACACUGGAGAAAUAACCGUUCGAUUCCCGCCGAAAGUGCAGGUAGUUUGUAAUGUGGGCGACGUGGGGGAACAGUGACAUGAGACUUUGGACGUGUGAAUAUAGCUUGUUAGUCAACUUGCUGUAUGAGUACAUACUACAACAGAUGAUUCUGCAUACCCAGUACCAAUACAACUGUAGAGAUGGUUUCCGCGAAAAGUAGGUAGACUGCAAUUUCCAC